CAAACCCCCAGAGCUUCCCCAGCACAGUGUGUGUGAGGUGGAGCUGAAGCAUGGACCUGUCUGCUGCUGUGUUUCUCUCCUUGGGUUGGCUGCUGCUGCGCUUUGCUGCAGGGGAACUGGAUUACCUUUCUUAUGGGCACGGGAUGCAGCUGCAGGGCAACUUCACCCUCGCUGGAUUCUUUCCUCUCCACAACCUGAAAAGACCGAUCAAUAGUCUGCCUGCUUUGUUACCAUGCAAUGAAGGUAAAGCCAACAAACAUGGCUAUUAUCUUUUGCAAGCAAUGAGAUUUGCUGUGGAAGAAAUCAACAACAGCUCCGGACCCCAGCCUCUUUUACCAGGAGUGAAGCUGGGCUACCAGAUGUAUGACAUCUGCUCCAGAGAGGCCAGCAUCCUGGCCUCUCUGGACCUGCUGAAGCAGCAGUAUCAAAGCCCCUCUGAGACUGAGGAAGACACAAACUACAACAACAGUCGCCAUGCAGUGGCUUUGAUUGGCCCUGACAGCAGCAGCAAUUCUUUCGGCCCUGCUUCUUUACUGGGGGCCCAUCUUAUACCUCAAAUAUCCUUUGAAGCCUCAAAUGAAAUGCUAAGCAACAAGUUCCGCUAUCCAUCCUUUCUCCGCACAAUUCCCAGCGAUAAGAACCAGGUGGCCGCUAUGAUCCAGCUUAUGGUCCGUUUCAACUGGACCUGGGUUGCUAUCUUGGGCAGCGACAACAGCUAUGGUCUGGAGGGCAUGCAGAGCCUCUCAGAGGAAGCACCAAAAUACGGCAUCUGCAUUGCCUACCAGGGAGUUAUCCCUGCGUACAGUAAAGACACGGUCCAGACAAUGAGGAAUGUGGUGCAUAACCUACUGAAGACUAAGGUCACCACCACCGUGGUUUUCUCCAGCAAGUCAAAACUGAAAAACUUCUUCCCGUUUGUCAUUGAGCGGAACGUGACAGGUAAGGUGUGGAUUGGGACGGAGGACUGGUCAACUUCUUCUCUCAUAUCAGGGAUUCGUGGGAUCCACACUAUUGGGACUGUGCUUGGCGUGUCCAUCAAAUAUGCAGCCAUGCCUGGUUUUGAAGAGUUUCAGACAAAGGUAGUUGAGGCUGCAAUGCAACAGAGUGACACACACGAAGUCUCUAACAUUACAAAUGACUGUCUACAGGGCACAGACCUGUACAGCCUCGCUAGGAAUAAGUUUAUUCUCGAGAAAAAUGACAUCACUUCCUCCUUGAAUGUGUACAAGGCGGUUUACUCUGUGGCUCAUGCUCUGCACCGUGCACUUGGUUGUGAUUCUGGAGAGUGCCAAAUGAGGGACGUGUAUCCAUGGGAGCUGCUCUGGUUGAUAAAGGAUGUGCAUUUCUAUCUGGGCAACACCUCUGUGUACUACGACAGUAACGGGGACCCGCCCACAGGAUAUGACAUUGUGCUCUGGGUUUGGAAUGGCACUGAGUUGUCGCUCAGAGAGUUGGGCUCUUUCAGCCCAGAUCCAAUUACGCUCACAAUUGAUGCUGAUCUGAUUGACUGGGAUGGCACGGGAGAUUCGAGAUCGGUGCCGCUUUCAAUCUGCUCUCCACCGUGCCCGUUUGGCCACAAGAGGCUGCAGACAGGGCAACACAUAUGCUGCUUCGACUGCCAGGCCUGCCCCUCUGCUACGUUUCUCAAUACCAGUGAGACCACUACAUGCCAGCCAUGUCUCCCAGAGGAGUGGGCACCCCCAAAGAGCGAGCAGUGUCUGAAAAGGACUGUCCUGCUGCUGCCCUGGGACGCCCCCCUCUCCAUCGCCCUGCUGUUUUUCCUGGCCACCUGUCUUCUCAUGACCUCCAGUUCUGCAAUAAUCCUCCUGCUCAACCUGAACACGCCUGUUGCCAAGUCUGCUGGAGGGCGCACCUGCCUCCUGAUGCUGGCAGCCCUGACUGCCAGUGCCAUGAGCACUUUGUGCCAUUUUGGCCAGCCGUCUCCUCUGGCCUGCAUCCUCAAGCAGCCUCUAUUCGUCUUCAGCUUCACUGUGUGCCUGGCCUGCAUCACCGUGCGCUCUAUUCAGGUUGUGUGCAUUUUCAAAUUUGCAUCCAAGCUGCCGCCGGCCUAUGACAAAUGGGCCAAAAACAACGGGCCAGAGUACACAAUUUUUCUGGUGUCUGUCAUCAUCUUGCUAAUUUCUGUUCUCCGUGUGGCCCUUAACCCCCCCAAACCCUCAAAGGAUCUGAACUUCUACGAGCACAGCAUUGUGUUGGAGUGCAGUAACACCCUCUCCCCUGGUGCGCUCAAUGAGCUCGCUUAUGUGUCCCUGCUCAGCGCCCUCUGCUUCUCUUUCAGCUAUAUGGGCAAAGACCUGCCAGCCAACUACAACGAGGCCAAGAGUGUGACCUUCAGCCUCAUGGUGUACAUGAUGUCCUGGAUGAGCUUCUUCACCCUCUACCUCAUCAGCAGAGGCCCGUUCACCACUGCCGCCCAUGUGUUCGCCAUACUCUUCAGCGUCCUGGCCUUCCUCAUGGGCUACUUCUUUCCCAAAAUCUAUAUUAUUGCCCUGAAGCCCCAAAUGAACACAAACGCACAUUUCCAGAACUGUAUUCAAAUGUAUACCAUGAACAAAUAAUGAAGCAAGUACAUAUUUCAGUUGAUGAAAAGUAGUUGAGUUGUAUGUUGCAGGGAUAUUGGGUAGUAAAAGUGGGACAUGACAGGUUAAGUGUCAGUUUUAAAUGUAUUUCACAACUAAAUGUAAAACAUUAAUUGUAAGUGCAGAAAUGUUUUACUACAUUGUUCUGUAUUUUGGGGAAAAGAAAAUAACUAAAUAAGGGAUUUAUUUAGCUGUCUGUUCACAUUUGUAAAACCCUAAUUAUUAUGGUGCUAUUCAUAAAGGAUGACAACUGUUACCAGAAUGUUGGGGGGGGGGUUGUUAGAUUACAAAGCAAACCACCUUAAAUUCUGAAGAAUACAUUUGAAUGUUUUUUUAAAUAAACUUGUUAAGGCUAUGCGCUAUAAAUAUGCUAACCGUCAACUCUAAAAUACAUCGAUAACCCCUGCCUACCUCCGAUGACAUGGUCAAAAUGGGAUAGACUUUUUCAUUACAUGUCACUUGUUAGACGCUUUUAUCCCUAUCGAAUUGAAUACAUUCAGUAGCCUACUGUGGGCAAUCCCCACAGGAGCAAUUUGGGGUGAUGUGUCUUGCAGGGAAACAACGACAUGCUCAAACUUGCUUUCCCCC